AUGUUGCCAUUCGCCACACGCGUGAUGAGGCGGCCACCUCUUCUGAGCCGCUUGACGUUCGCCGCUUACGUCGACUUCACCGGCGCCUUUUGCAUGCGGGUGUUGUCAGGCUCCAGCGACUUCGAUGAUGCCGCUGAUGCUGUUGCAAAGCUUUUGAGCGUUCGGGAGGAGGAGCUCAAACAAUCCAGGCUUAAGGCGUGGAAGCUCGCCACCAAAGAGGAUAUCUCCAAGCAACGAAAGCCCGCAGUGGACACAACUCUGGAGUCUGCUGACUUCGACCUCAGUCCCGAGGCGCUGAAGCGCUCCAUGUGCAGAAUGAAGGGCCGUCGUGGUGGUGCCGAUGGCUUUCAGGCUGAGCAGUUGCUUAUGCUUCCGCUUGAGUGGUGGACUGCGUUUUCACAGUUGUGGCACGGUAUACUUCGUGACGGAUCGAUUCCGGCGGUGUGGAAGCGCAUCACUGUUGGCGUCCAGGAAGAUCUGCGACGUUUCUUUGACUCCGUCCAUUUCUCUUUGGCUGACCAAGUCUUGGCUCACUUUGGCAUGCCGGUGUGGGCUGUGACUGUUGCCAGCCCGAAUGUCACUGCCCUGUCUUACCAGGACGAUCGGACGUUGCUUGCCCUCGGGGGUUCUGUGGCGGCUCAGUGUGAGGGCCUUCGUGCGGCCUCCUUGCGCUCAAGGAUCUUCGACACGGCCUUUUGCCUCACUUGUGAUGCUGGCAAGUCCUCGGUGGUUGGCCCUUCGGCUGCCCAGGACCUCGCUGAUACCCUUGGUUACUCGCGUGUGACGUCUCUGUCUCUCUUGGGUGUUUCGCACCCUCUGGAUCUUUCUGUUCCCAAGCACUUGGAGCGGCUCUGCUGGGAGCGUGUUCAUGCCAGACUGGUGUACGUGGCUGCUGUGUCGCGGUGCCCCAAGCAGACUCUUCUUCACCUGCACAGCCUCUGUUUCUCGCCUUUUCUGUGGGCUGCGGGGUUCGCCAGGCCUUCCACGAAGGAGCUUUCUACGUUGGAUGAACUUGUGAAGUGGGCUCUUAAGACUGUCCUCACAAGAGAAGCCCCUCCUGUCAUCUUUCAUGAAAUCUUCGAUUGGCGCACCAGUCCAGGAUUUUGCGUUGAUUGGGCCACUCUCCGCACGGCGGUCAACAUGCACUGCCAAAAUCGUGAUUGGCAUGAAGCUCUUCCGCUUGAUGAGGCCAUCGCGCCUUGGCACCACUUCUUGCCUCUGGCUGCGCCUCUUCUUAACAGACUUGGUUGGACUGUGGAACGGGAUGGCAGUGCCAUUCAUCGUGUCGACGAUGGUGGGCGUCGGCGCUCCUUUCACCUGGGGCACGAUGGUUUGCAUGUGCUCCGUGAGUGGCUGCUGUUGCAUCACCGCCGUGUUGCCCUCUCCAGAUGUGGACGCACACGCAUCUCCAUGCACAGGCAAGGGGAAGGCCUGGCGCAGGGCCUCUCGCUUCCAGGUCCGCCGGCCAAUGCAUUCAUUCGUGCCUUGGGUCACAAAGCUGUGUGGUCCUCGGCUCGGGAUCUUGAGGAUAAGCGCGCUGCCAUGGUGACGGGUGGAUCCAUUUGGCACUAUGGCUACAAGCUUCAGUUGGACGAUCCAAACCAGCGUGUCUGUACUUGUGGCCUGUUGGCCCCCAGCCGAGCUCACCGGACAUGGGUUUGCGUUGAUACUGCAGACCUACGGGUCGGAUUUGCUGCCCCAAGCAAUCGUGCCCAUGACCGGCUCUUGGCUUUGGAAUCUAUUGAGGAGCCUCCCCCACCUGCUCUGGUUGCUCCACAUGAGCUGGUUUCGGAGAUCUCUGAAGACAUUUUCUUCCGUGAGCCUGUGCUCGUUGCUGCGACGGAUGGUAGCAGCGAACACAAUAUCGGUGCUGCUGCUUUCGUGCUUCCGAAUCAGGGAAUCAAGGUUGCCAUGGGCUUGCAGGGCGAGGACCAAGGGCCUUACAAAGCUGAGCUUCACGCUCUUCUCUUUGUCUUUCAGGUCUUUCUGGCAGUGCCGGUACGGCGUCGAUCGGCUGUGACUGCACUUCACGUGCUCUGCGAUUGUGAGUCGGCCAUUAAGGCUCUGCGCAGUGGAGGCGGGGAGCUCCCUUUACUUGUCCGUGAAGUUGCGGGUGCGCGCGAUGCCAUUCGCAGAAGUGGUGUGGACGUGCAGCUGCACUGGGUGCCCUCUCACGGAAAACCCUCGCCGAAGUGGAAGCCCUGGACUGGCAUGCAUCCUGAUGUGCAACGAGGCUUAAAUGCUGAAGCUGAUGCACUUGCCUCUGCUACGUGCAAGAGGCGAGUUCACGGGUCGCAUCGUGGAGCCUUCGCGCAGCACCUGGAGCGACUGCGCCAAUGGGAAGAACUCGCCGUUCGUGCCUCGGCGGAGGCGGCCAGACGCCUCCGAUCCUCCCGCACAAGGGCCUCCAGGAUUUUGCAUCCUGAGGUCGCUACCGUGAAUACCGUGAGUGCCAGGACGACAACUACUGGCGGCACCUGCUGGUACUACGGGGCAAUGCAUGCCUUGGAUGAUAAGGAGCAUGCCGUCUGUACCUGCGGCCUGACGGCUCCCAGUCGGGCUCACAGGUCUUGGGUUUGUGCUGACACUGCUGAUUUGAGGCAUGGCAUUCCGAUGCCACUCAAUCGUGCACAGGAACGCCUGAUGGCGCGAGAGUCUGUUGAGGAGCCCCCUGCUCCGGAUCUGGUGGCCCCGGAUGAGUUGGUGGCCGAAGUUGCGGAGGACCUGUGCCUCGGUGAGUCGACUCUCAUUGCAGCGACGGACGGCAGCAGCAAGCACAGCGUUGGUGCUGCCGCGUUCACCCUCCCUGGACAACGCGUCAAGGUUGCCAGCGGCUUGCCUGGUGAAGACCAGAGCCCCUAUAAGGCGGAGCUCCAUGCGCUUCUCCUUCUCUUCCGUGUCUUCUGUGCUGUCCCCUCUGAGCAGCGGACGGCCGUGAAAGUGCUGCAUGUGUUCUCUGAUUGCCAGUCGGCUCUCACUGCCAUUCGGACCGGCAAAGGUGCGCUGCCGCUUCUUGUUCGAGAUGUCGCUAUGCUGUGCGCUGACAUCGCUCGCUCAGGUGUGGAGGUUCAGCUCCACUGGGUGCCCUCCCACGGGAAGCCCGCUCCGUCUUGGGUACCGUGGCCUGGAGCGCAUCCUGAUCUCCAGCGUCAGUGGAACGCCGAGGUUGAUGCGCUUGCUGCUGCGGAGUGCCAUCGACGCCUACAUGGAUCGCAGCGCGAGGCUUUUGCGCGACACUUGGAAGAGAUCCAGAACUGGGAAAGGCGGGUCUUGAGAGCCUCCGCCGAGGCCUCCCGUCGCUUGUCUAAGGCGCUCCAGGGUGACGACAUGAAGAUCAUCGCGGACACAAUGUACGGUUGGGCUCGAGAGCGCGGUGCGAUCGAUUUCGCACACUGGUUCUUCCCCCUGCGUGGUGGAGGCGGCGCCGUGGGCGGCAUGCUCGGGGCCUUCAAGAAGGACACUUUGAUGGACCUGGAGUUCGGCUCCAAAUUCACGACAAAGCCCAUGAAGGCUUGCCUGCCAGCGGAGCGCUUGUUCCAGGGCGAGACGGACGGUUCCUCUUUUCCAAAUGGAGGCCUGCGAGUGACCCACUCCGCAGCGGCUUUCACCACCUGGGACCGGUCCUCGCCUCCCUUCGUGAUGGACAAGUGCCUGUACAUCCCGUGCGCCUUCGUGACGCAUUUUGGAAAGUGCAUCGAUGAGAAGACGCCCCUGCUGCGAUCCAUGGAUGCAGUGACCCUCCACGGCUUGCGCCUCCUGAAGAACAUUGGAAUCGGCACCGAUGCCAAGUGCAUGUUCAGCUACUUGGGAUGGGAGCAGGAGUUCUUCGUGCUGAGCGCCGCCCACUACAAGGCACGCCCUGACUUGGUGAACACCGGCCGCACGCUCUUCGGCAAGCUGCCCACCCGACACCAGCAGGGAGACUUGAACUACUUCCAGGCGAUCCCCGGCAAGGUGCAGGAGCUUUUGGAUGUCGUUCAGGCGGAAAUGCUGAAAAUCGGCUGCCCCAUGGCUGUGAAGCACAACGAGGUGGCGCCUGGCCAGCACGAGAUGUCCCCCGUCUUCCGUGCUGCCAACGUGUCCUGCGACAGCAACGUUUGCUUCAUGGAGGUCAUGAACAGGGAAGCCGCGAAGCUGGGUCUGCAGGUGCUCUUCCACGAGAAGCCCUUCGCCGGCAUCAACGGCAGCGGCAAGCACGCCAACUGGUCCGUCGGCACUGACACGGGCUUGAACUUCUUCUACCCAGGCAAGAACGAGGCCGGUGCGAAGCUCUACGUCACCGCCAUUGCCUGCCUGUCCUACGGCCUUGCGCAGUACAACGAGAUGGUGCGUUGCACCGUGGCAAGUGCCGGCAACGACCACCGCCUUGGUGCGCAGGAGGCCCCUCCGGCCAUCAUUUCUCUGUACCCAGGUCAGGGCUUCGAGGCUUUCGUGGAGAGCAUCUGCUCCGGCGGUGACCUGCUCGGAUACAAGGCUGAGAAGAAGAAGCAGGAGACGGGAUGCAGCGCUGCCAUGCACAUUGAGGCUAACGUCGAGGACCGCAACCGCACAGCCCCGUUCCCCUUCUGUGGCAAUCGCUUCGAGUUCCGUGCCGUGGGCUCCUCCCAGAACUGCUGCCUCCCGAUCAUGGUGUGCAACGCGAUCAUGUCUGCGGGCAUGGCGCACCUCUCUAGCUUGAUCGAGGGUGGCAUGAGCCAUCGUGAUGCCGUCGCAAAGAUCUACACCGAGAACAAGCACGUGAUCUUCACCGGCAACGGCUACUCUGCGGAAUGGCCCGUCGAGGCAAGCAAGCGAGGCCUGCCGAACUUGAACACCACGCCCAAGGCCAUUGCCACCUGGAGCUCUGAGAAGAACACCAAGCUGCUCGAGACCCUGAAGAUCUACACCAAGGAGGAGACAGAGGCACGGCAGGAAGUGAUGUACGAGAACUACAUCUCCUGCAUGUGCUGUGAGGUUGAGACGAUGAUCCAGAUGGUGGAGACGGGCUUCCUGCCAGCCUGCGCCAAGGAUCUGGAGAAGUUCAAGGGCUUCGACAAGCUCGCCGGCAGCCGAAAAGCCGUGUACGACAGCAUCGUCGACGAAUCGGAGAAGUUGAAAUCUCUGAUCGCAGCCAAGCCCCACAGCUCUCUGGCAGAGGAGGCCACGUACCUGUGCGACACCGUGAAGCCGCAGAUGGUGGCGCUCCGUGCCAAGGUGGACAAGGCGGAGAGUAUGAUGGAGUCGUCUCUCUACCCUUACCCCACCUACGAGGCCAUGAUCUACUCUCACCACUUCUGA